AGUAGUAGUGCAGGGCAGCCCAUCACCAUCAUUCGCAUCUACCUGUGGAUUAAUUCCAUACCUUCUUCUUGGUGUCAUUUCCUUGUGGGCCUUGGUUGCACUCACUCACGCUCCGCAUCUCCUCUCCAGACCUGGAAUCUGGAGCAUCCAGUUCAAGUACCCUUCUCAACAAGAGUAAAUAGCAUUCGCAAUAACUCCACUUUCCAUCAAUUUGUCACUUUUUACCGACACUGAGCAGUGACAACGCGCACACGACACACCGACACCAAGCACUUUUGGCACUUGGAGAUUUAAACAGAAUACUGUAUCACUUUUCGUAAAAAGUGUCGCAACUUUCACCACUCAAGCAGACUCUAAUAAACAGUACAAGCCAACAUUGUGAGGAAAGUGAGAUUUUUACUUUUUAUUUUGCGUCGAAGGGCCUCCCUGCUUUGGCCAGUGUUAUAAUAAUGUAAGUGUGCUCGAUACAUACGUCCCUUGCCACGUGACUGGCGAAGAAUUCGAGAUAAAAGGACAACAAUUAAAAAAAAACUUGCAGUUUAUUUGCCCCGUUUAUUGUUGUGAGCAAAGAAGUUUAAAAACUUGGCCCGGGUAAUGAAAAACUGUGCGAUUAGAUUACUCUGAUUUUGGCCAUCUUUACGAUUACGUUGUACUGGACACUGUGCCAAUUUGUUGACAAUUUAAAUAGGAGCGAAUGGUCAAUUAUUAUUUGGAGACACGAUUCAUAAAGAACUGACGUUUUAGUGUUUGUCAAAAUUCUACUCUACCGCCUUAUCGAAAUGCCUGAAACAACGGCCCGUAACUUUUUCAUCAGUAGCAGUGCCCUUAUUUUUAAUCAACAAUGUUUGACUCUCCUUUAACCAGUGCUACUGGAACUGUAAAUUAAGUGCAGGCUAAUUCUAAAGGUUUCGAAAUAGUACAGAUUUUUAUACUCCCGUCGUAAUCUAAGGUAUCAGCCUAAAUCGUCCUUGAUGUUAGACCCCAACGUAUUUCUUCAGAAUCCUGCUCCAGAUUUCAAGAUGAAUCAGCUCUGUAAAGUGUGUGGAGAACCGGCGGCUGGAUUUCAUUUUGGAUGUUUCACUUGUGAAGGUUGUAAGUCAUUCUUUGGUCGGACAUACAACAAUGUCAGCGGGAUAGCAGAAUGCAAGAAUGGAGGACGAUGUGAAAUUAACAAGAAAAAUAGAACAUCUUGCAAAUCUUGCCGUCUUCGCAAGUGCUUGAGAAUGGGAAUGUCAAAAUCCGGUUCCAGAUACGGACGGAGAUCAAAUUGGUUCAAAAUCCACUGCCUUCUUCAAGCGCAAGGGCAGCAAAAUGGGAUGUCUGGUCCAGAAACAAAUAACAACAGUUCCUCAACCACCAACAAUAACAAUUCCUCACCAAAUUACCAAAGCAGUUUUGGGAAGAACCCACUUCCUUCAACCGUCACAUCCUACGGCAGCGGCGGGGACUUGCGAGAUCGAGAUCGAGGUGAGCGAGAACGAGAACGAACUCCUUCCAGCACUCCAAGAAACGGGUUGAAUGGACUUCCUCCUUCCGGAUUCACCAGUAUUUCAAGUCUCAGUCCGGAAUCUCUUUCGUCCCUCAAUCGAAAGCUAAACGGGUCCGGCCCAGAGCUUGCAGACUAUUUCCGAGCCGCCGGAAUGAGUGGUAUGGGGAAACCCAUGACUGGUGUUGGAGGAGGUGGAGGCGCAAACAAUACUAGCAGUAAAGGCAUCACGUAUUCCGAAGAAGGUGAAGAUAUGUCACGAACCACACGAAGUCCUGGAUCCCUAGAGUCACCCAGAUCCGACGCAUCAAUGGAUGAUGGCAAAAGUUCCACCCCGUUGUUCAGUUUGCCCCCAGGAUCCCCUCUUGAGAUGAAACCUACUGACCUUCUCUCGUUCGACUUGAUCACUCGAGACUUGAUGAAAAUGGGUUACGAUCCACUGCGCCUGUGGCCUGCAAUGUUUUCAGGUCAACCCAAUUUGCAGAAUCUCCAUUCAUUCAACCCUUACCGAUUUAUGUUCCCCAACUUUCCUGGUGCUGCAGCAGCGGCUGCUGCUUUUCCUAGUGGAUAUCCUCCUCCUCCAAACCCCGGUGUUCCACCCCACCUUCUAAAUAACGGAGCUGUGCAUCCCUCCGCCGCCGCAGCAGCAGCAGCAGCCAAGUUAUUUUCGACGGCCAGUUUAGUAGAAGGGGGAAUUCCGUCUCCUUUAGCCAAUCAUCCAAAUAAUUUAAGUGUUGCAAAUCUUCAUCAGCAUCACAACCACCACCAAAAUCAUCACGCUUCUCGGAGUCAUUCCCACUCUCCCACGAGCAGUCGAGCAAGUCCUCCAGUUCCAAGUUCUCUUCGAAAUAGUCGAGUGACAUUACCAAUAGUGCCUCCUUCCUCCAGUCUCACGCUUACGCCACCGAUUUCUCAUCAUGGAUCAGAUGACCCCAGCAGCCUUUUCCCAUUACAAAAGUUGAGAACCAUCCCACUACAAGAAAAACCAAUUGAUCUUUCUGCAAAGAGCACGAACAAUAACCACGUCGAUGUUGAGUAUGCGGGGAAAAUGUUUCCUAGUGCAAACGGUGAUAUUUCCGAUGACGACGAUGACAAUAUGUGUGACAAUAAUAACUCUGAUAAUGAGCGGGAUGACGACUCGGAUGUUGACAUGAAAAAUGUUAAAUCCGAAUAUGAAGACUCGGAUCAUGAGGAGGAGGACGCUGUCCAAGAUUUAAGCAGUUCCUCAAAUAACAAUAAUGUUACAAAAAGUGCGACACUGCGGCGUUCGUCUUCGUACUGCAGUAGUCGAGGAAGAAGCCCUUCCAGUCCUAAGCGAGCAAGUACUCCCUUGGACCUCACUCGUGGAUCCGGAAAUUCCAAUUCCAGUCCUCCGUUAACAAAAGUAGCCACGUAAAUCCAUAAAUAAUACUUUAAUUCAUCCAGUCAUUCUUUCCAAACCAAAACUUUGCUCUCAUUCAACCAAAUGUAAUGUUACAGUCCUCAUUGUUUUACAGUUUUUGUUGUUGAUUGUUGUGUAUUAGAUAUGUACAUAUGAAGGCCAGUUUUAUAUACCUCUCUCUUCGUGUCAGUCCUGUUACUGUUGCAAAAAUAGGAAUAAUAAUCUAAAUAAUUUAUAUACAAAUGAAGAAAAGGAGAGGCAUCUUAAUAGGAAGGUGGUUGGUGGCUGGUCUCAUUUUCCCCCCAGGCCCGUUAGACUCGUCUCAAUAUGCAUACACACGAUUGAUGUAUGUACUUAUGUACUCAUAUCUUAUGAUUAAGGGUUCAAGCCAAAAAAGUUUUCAGCAUCCUGGUGAUCCCUCUGAAAGAAUAUAACUUUUUAGAGUAUUUUAAUGCCGCAUUUAUAUCACGUUAUAUAAUUCACGUCCAAUCCGUGAUGCUGUUUUGCGGCAGUUGAAGAAUAUUCAUGUUGUAAUCUCUUAAGUUAAUUUUAAGUAGUCAGUAAUAAGCUAUUUAAUUAAACAAAUCCUUAUUUAACGCGGCCGAAAUUGCAAUAUUGUGUACAUAAAAUGUCUGUACGUCAGACAAAGCCUUGUUUAUAUAUCAUUUACACUAACUAUACAUACAUAAUUCCCUCCACUCCAUUUAAAAUCAUAUAUUUUUGUGAAAAGCAAAACCUUUUGGUGAUUGUAAUUUGUGUCUAAAUUAAAACUUUUUCAUCACUUCAACGCACACCAGCCCCACUUUUCGAUUUGUCGUUGUCGUCGUCGACGUCGUUGUAAGCUAUUCAACACUGUCCGUCCGCUACUUAAUAAAUAUGUACUUGCGAUGAUUUCAUAGUUACAAAUCUCCCAUAUAUAGCCAGCACUAUCGUCACUUGUAGUUAAUGUAAAACGAAUAAUAUCGUGUGAUUUCUCCAAAUCACGUCAUUUGUACAUAAUUUUGUAAGUAUUACAGUCCGACGGCAAUUUUGUAGUUUUACAUUUAAACACAAACUAGUAGUAAUACAAUCUGCAGUGCAUUAUUACCAAUUACUUUGAAAUUAAAUUCUAUAUAAAUACAAUAAAUUAAAAGUGUGUAAGCAAUAAUUGAAUCACUGAAUGGCAACGGUUGUGAAAAAGUGAAUUAUUUAUGUAUUGUAAGCAAGUUUAGCAACAAUUUUUUUCAAGAUUUCUCUUUAAUUUAGAAAAAAUUAUCAAUUGCAAUCUGUUCCUUAUAAUAACAGUAGUAGUUGUGAUUUGAUAGGAAGAUUGUAAACCUGAGCGACAAAAAUUUGUACCUAAACUCUUUUUUAUUUAUUAUAAUUUGGCUGUGUGCUUUACAAUUUUCUUCUUCUCGUUGCAAUAAGUUGUAUUAUUUUCUGUUCUGGUCUUCUCAAUCGGUGAAGUAAUGUAGGAGCAAAAAAAGUGGAAAAAAACAGAAAGGAAACCUUGGUUCAUCAAAACCAUCCAAAAGAAGUAUAAAUAUGUGUAACUUGCCUUUCUUCACCCAAUAAGAUGUCAUUUUAAUAGCGUUUCUUCACUAUAUGCACCUUUAUUCUAAAUGUUGUUACUUGUGGAUGGCGAUGACGGAGAGCUGAAAGAAGGUUAUACAGUGUGUGCAGUACGUUGGUCGUGUAUGCCAUGAGUUGUGUUUCGCCAUUUGAAUGAGAAAAUGAAAUAAAGCCGUUCGUGGUUCUAAAAGUAA